UAAGCAAGUUGAAGAUGACUAAAAUUAAAGAAAAUGAAGGUGGUAGACAUGAAAGAGUUGCAUUUUAUGAAUUAUUUAUGUUUGCAGAUAAAUUAGAUGUGUUGUUAAUGGUUAUUGGGAGCUUGGGAGCUGUUGUUAAUGGACUGAGUCAUCCUCUUGUUUCCAUUGCAAUGACCCAGAUUAUCAACUCUUUUGGCAACUCCAAGAAUGAUGAUGUUGUUCAUCAAGUUUCCAAGGUGUGCCUUGUGUAUAUCUACUUAGCAAUUGGUGCGGGCAUUGCUUCAUUUCUACAGAUUGCAUGUUGGAUGGUGUCCGGGGAGAGACAGGCUGCUCGGAUAAGAGGGCUCUACUUAGAAUCAUUGUUGAGACAGGACGUUGCGUUUUUUGACACUGAGACGACGACUGGAGAGGUCAUUGGGAGAAUGUCUGGUGACACUAUUCUCAUUCAAAGUGCUUUGGGGGAAAAGGCUGGGAAAUAUAUUCAGUUCAUGUCAGAAUUUGUUGGAGGCUAUGUGAUCGCCUUUAUAAGAGGAUGGCGCCUCACGCUAGUUCUGACAUCGAGCAUUCCUGCUAUUCUCAUUACUGGUGGAUUCAUGGGAACGUUAAUGGCAAAAAUGGCAACUCAAGGUCAAGUUGCUUAUGCUGAAGCUGGAAAUGUAGUUGAACAAGCCAUUGGGGCCAUUCGAACUGUUGCCUCCUUUACUGGAGAGAAAAAUGCAAUUGAUAAGUAUAAUAGCAGGAUUCAUGUUGCUUAUGCCACUGUAAAGCACAGUGGAAUGGCCUCAGGAUUUGGAAUCGGCACUGUCAUGAUGAGCGUCUACUGCACUUACGGACUAGGCACAUGGUACGGAUCAAGACUUAUCCUAGAAAAAGGGUAUGAUGGUGGAAAGGUCGUGACCAUUGUCAUGUUGAUCGUCGGUGCUGGCUUUGCAUUAAGCCAAACACUACCACUCUUGGGUGCGUUUUCAGCAGGGCAGGCUGCAGCCCACAAAAUGUUUGAGACAAUCAAACGUAAACCAAAAAUUGAUGCAUAUGAUACAAAUGGAAUUGUCCUGGAUGAAAUUAAAGGGGCUAUUGACCUCAAGGAUGUGUAUUUUAGCUAUCCAGCAAGGCCGGAUGUGCAGGUAUUUUCUGGUUUCUCAUUAAAAAUUCCAACCGGUGUGACUGCAGCUUUGGUAGGGCAAAGUGGAAGUGGAAAGUCAACCGUAAUCAGUCUGUUGGAAAGAUUUUAUGAUCCCGACUCUGGGCAAAUCCUUAUUGACGGCGUAGACUUGAAGACAUUUCAGCUUAAAUGGAUUAGGGGGAACAUGGGGCUUGUGAGUCAAGAACCAAUUCUGUUUGCAACAAGUAUUAAAUCAAAUAUCGUGUAUGGAAAGGAGAAUGCUACUGAAAAGGAGAUAAGAACGGCUAUUGAGCUUGCCAAUGCUGCAACAUUCAUUGACAACUUACCUGAGGGGUUGGACACAAUAGUUGGUGAACAUGGAACUCAGAUGUCUGGGGGUCAAAAGCAAAGAAUUGCAAUUGCAAGAGCUAUUCUGAAGAAUCCAAAAAUUAUUCUUCUUGAUGAAGCAACGAGUGCUCUGGAUGCUGAAUCAGAAAGUGUUGUGCAAAAUGCACUCGAGAAGGUCAUGAAAAACAGAACUACUGUUGUUGUUGCACAUCGUCUCACGACCAUCAGAAAUGCAGACAUGAUAGCAGUUGUUCAUGCUGGGAAACUCGUAGAGAAAGGAACACAUGAUGAGCUGAUUAAAGAUCCAGAAGGAGAAUACAGUCAGCUUGUCCGAAUGCAAAGUGGGAAUACUAAUCUGGGUCAAGAGGUUAGAAUUGGGGAAACAGAAGAGGACAAUAUGAGUUUGGAAUCGGUUAAAAAUAUAAACAGAUCCUCUAGCCAAGGACUUUUCACCAGAAGAUCUGUAAGCAGAGGAUCAUCUGGUCGAUUAUCAUUUCAGUUCUCAGGUUCCAACCAAAUUCAUCCAUCCACUGUAAGAGAUGUUGAGAAUGAUGAUAAGAGAAGAGAAACAAUAGAAAUUGACAAGCAGAAAAAGGAAGUAUCUGUUUGGCUGCGGUUGGCCUGUCUAAACAAGCCGGAGCUUCCAGUUUUGGUCCUUGGAUCAGUCGCAGCAAGUAUAAAUGGCAUGGUCUUUCCUUUAUUUGGUCUAUUAAACGCAAAGGCCAUCAAGACCUUCUACGAGCCCCCAGCCAAGAUGGAGAGGGAUUCCAGGUUUUGGGCACUAAUGUAUGUUGGUCUUGGUUGUCUUAUCAUUGUAGUCAUACCAUUGCAGAAUUAUCUCUUUGGGGUAGCAGGUGGAAAAUUAAUACAAAGAAUUCGCUCAUUGUCAUUCCAGAAGAUUGUACACCAGGAAAUUAGUUGGUUUGAUGACCCUGCAAACUCUAGUGGAGCAGUUGGUGCACGAUUAUCUACUGAUGCUACAAGUGUCCGGAGUGUUGUUGGUGAUGCAUUAGCUUUGGUUGUUCAAAACAUUGCAACCAUUGUAGCUGGAAUUUUAAUAGCGUUCAGUGCUAAUUGGAUACUGGCACUGGUAGUCCUAGCGGCAAUGCCUGUAAUGCUAUUGCAAGAACUCCUUCAGAAGUUUAACAAAGGGUUUGCUGAUGCCAAGGUGAUGUAUGAAGAUGCCAGUCAAGUUGCAAGCGAUGCUGUAGGCAGCAUAAGAACUAUUGCAUCAUAUUGUGCUGAACACAAAGUAAUGGAUAUGUACCAAAACAAAUGUGAAGGCCCCAUAAAAACAGGAAUCAGGCUUGGAAUCGUGAGUGGAGUUAGCAUCGGCUUGGGUUCUUCAUCUCUCUUCUUGUUUUAUUCUUUCGUUUUCUACAUUGGUUGUGUCCUUGAAAAGAACGGGAAAGCUACAUUUGCUGACAUUUUCAAAGUUUUCUUUGCUCUUACAAUGACUGCAAUGGGAGUUAGCGGGAAUGUCAACCUUAUACCAGAUCGCAAGAAGGUCAAGAGUUCAGUUGCUUCUAUAUUUAACAUUCUUGAUAGUAAACCCAAAAUAGAUUCAAGCAGUGAUGGAGGUUCAACAAUAAAUACUGUAAAUGGUGCUAUCAAAUUCCAGAAUGUCAGCUUUAAGUACCCGAGUAGACCCGAUUGUCAGAUAUUCACAAAUUUGUGUUUAAGCAUCCCCUCUGGAAAGGUAUCCUAUUCGAAAACUGUAGCACUGGUUGGAGAAAGUGGAAGUGGAAAAUCUACUGUAAUUAGUCUGAUUGAGAGGUUCUAUGAUCCUGAUGGCGGUCAUAUUUAUCUCGAUGGUGUGGAACUCAAGUCAUUGAAGCUCAACUGGCUAAGGCAACAAAUAGGAUUAGUAAGUCAGGAGCCCGUGCUGUUCAACGAGACCAUCCGUGAGAACAUUGCCUAUGGUAAGAAUGGGACAGCUACUGAAGAAGAGAUUAUUGCAGCAGCAAGAUCUUCAAAUGCACAUGACUUCAUAUCAGCAUUACCUCAAGGGUACGACACAAAUGUUGGUGAGAGAGGGGUGCAAUUAUCUGGCGGACAGAAGCAACGAAUAGCAAUUGCAAGGGCUAUUAUAAAGGACCCGAAAAUCCUUUUGCUUGACGAAGCAACAAGCGCCCUGGACACAGAAUCUGAGCGAAUAGUUCAGGAUGCAUUGGACAGGGUUAUAGUUAAUAGAACAACUGUUAUGGUGGCACAUCGAUUGGUCACCAUCAAAGGGGCUGAUAUAAUAGCAGCUGUGAAGAACGGAGUCAUUGCAGAGAAAGGAAGUCAUGAUUUUCUUAUGAGCAUUCCAGAUGGAGUGUAUGCUUCCCUUGUUGCUCUUCACAUGAACACAACAUAAAUGUAAACUAGUCUGAAGAUCAUAUAAACUUUGUGCUAACCAUACGAUGAGGCAUUUAGCAGUUCUGU